AUGCUUCCAUAUGGCAAACAACAUAUGCCUUUGGUUUUAGACUCUUUGGAUUCUGAUUCGUGUCAUGGAUCACCGAAUGCUGCAUCUCCAUCAGCUAGACUGUCUGGUUCGUUGACAUGUCUGAUUUGCUCAGCUCAAGCUACUGGCUAUCAUUUUGAUGCUCAGUCUUGCUCAGCAUGUGCAGCAUUCUUCCGACGAACAGUCUCGCUACAACGUGUAUUCCGAUGUAUUACGGGCAAGAAUGACUGUUUAGUACAUUACUCAAUGCAUCAAAUCUGUAGAUCAUGUCGAUUAGCAAAAUGCACCAAAAAUGGUAUGAACAGACGAGGUGUUCAACCAAAACGUCAACAGGUUUCAUCUGGUCGAGCCUUCUUCACACAAUCCGGGCUUCGUCGCAAUAAACGCUUUGCUGUUAUACAACCUGCCGACAUUCUUCAGUCUCAUAAGGAAUUAUCUACAGCGAGUGAGCCGACAGAUUGUGCUAGCAAUUCGUCUACAUCAACACGACAAUCAACAGCCAGUCCUGUUGCGGUUGAAAGUAAGACAUCGGAAAUAUACGAAAUACCUAUCAGUCCUAGACCUAGCGUAUUGCAAACAGAAGAUGUUCUCUCAUUGCUCGUACGUGAGGAGAUGCGCUUAGGCGAAAGACGAAGAAUUAUGUUUUGUGAGCGUCCAGUUGAACGACUAUUAGGCCAAAAUAGACAUUGUCCCUAUACAAGGGAAGAUAUACGUCCAUUGAGUUUUCGGGCUUUUCGAAAAAGCAUUCGAACACAUAUCCUAUUAAUAUAUGAAUGGCUACAAGCUUGGCCUGAUUAUCAGAAAUUGGAUAACACAGAUAAGGUUUCGUUUUUACGAAAAUGUGUUUUGUUUCAUACUAUUCUGGAUCCAGUAUUCAUUUCUAUACAAAUCGGAUAUCCGGAUCGUUUCGUCAUGCAGAACGGAGGAUAUGUAUCUUGCUUAGACGAUUGCGAAGAUGGAUGGGAAGAUGAGAAAGAAAUAAGCGGAAAAAUUAAAAAGCAUAUAUAUCAGCCAUUGCUAAAGAAAAUAAUGGCCGAGAUAAUUCCUCCAAUUCUACAAUUAGAUCUAUCAUUCGAAGAAUUUGUGGCUUUAAAAGGAUUCGUCUCAUGGCAAGGAGCAAUAGAGAAUGUCUCAUCAGCUGCACGUGAUGUGAUGAGGAAGCAAGUUGAUGCUAUAGCUUCAUCUCUUCAUUCACAUUAUAUUAAAAAUGGCCAACCAGCAGCUGAGCGAUUAGGAUCGAUAAUCUUACUAUUAAGCUCCAUUUUUUCCACUGGUUUGGAUUUUGUUGAAAGCCAUCGACAAAUAGAAUUUUUUGAUUUAUGGCAAUUAGAUUCUCUUUUAUUACAAUUAUUAAAUUUGGAUGCCAUUAUGGACAUCAGUGCAUGA